UAUUUGCGUCAAGAACAAGGAAGUUAAAUAUGCUAUAAAAAGGCAAUAUUUUGAAUGUGCUAGUAUGUGCAGUUUGUGUUAUUUAAGUGAAUCUUAUUAAACCUUACUUGAACUAUGGACAAAAUAAACAUAUUGUUUAUGGUUUUCCUAAACCUUUGUGUUUAUGUAAGAAGUGGAAAAAUACUAAAUUUGAACAAUAAAGGAAACGAGUAUGGCUUCGGUGGAUACGGAGGUGGAUUAUACAACAAAGGGUACGGUGGAUACGGAGGUGGAUUAUACAGCAAAGGGUACGGAUAUAGAAACAACUACUACAGUGACGAAUCAAAAAAGGAUGUUGAAGAAGACCCCACUUAUAAUUCAUACAACAAAGGCUAUGGCUUCGGUGGAUACGGAAGUGGAUUAAACAACAAUGUAUACGGAAGAUACGGAGGUGGAUUAUACAACAAAGGAUACGGAUUUGGAAGCAACUACUACAGUGACGAAUCUAAAACGGCUGUAAAAGAAGAUCCCACUUAUAAUUCAUACAAUAAAGGGUACGGGUAUGGCGGAUACGGUUAUGGUGGAUCAUAUAAUAAAGGUUAUGGAUACGGAAAAUCUUACUUCAAGGACGAAUGAAACAAAACUAUUCGACAAGUUAUUUUUAAACUAAUGUAAUUGAUUAAUUUACUAUGGUUUCCUUUUUUUUUAUUACUUGGAUCUUUUGGAACAGGAAGCAGUUAUUACUUUAAUUGUAAAAAAUGACUUUAUAAAACAAACA